AUGUCCUGCCCCACGACCGGCCCCGCCGGAGAGGACGCGACGAUGCCUCCGACGAUGCUGCACGGGCUGGCACCGGAGCCACGGAGCACCGAAGACGAAGCGCGCCUCACGUUCCUCUACGCCUUCCUUCCCAAGCCGCCCGUCUCCACAUCCCCUUCCCUCUGCUGCGCCGCCGCCGCCGCCGACGACGACAAGAACGACCGCGUCAGCCGCCUCCCCGACGAUAUCCUCCUCCGCGUGGUCUCCCUCCUCCCCGCCAAGGACGGCGCGCGCACCACCGUGCUAUCCUCACGCUGGCGACACCUCUGGCGCUCCGCCCCGCUCGUCCUCGUCGACACCCACCUCCUCCGCGGGGGUGACGGCGAGCGCCGGCCCGCCCGCGCCGGCGCCGCCUCGCGCGCCGUCACCAGCGCCGUCUCCGCCGCCCUCGAGUCACAUCCCGGGCCCUUCCCCUUCGCCAGCCUCACCUGCAGCUUCAUGAACGCCGCCGACCGCCGCCUGCUCGCCCGCUGGUUCCAGCUCCUCGCCACCAAGGGCGUCGACGAGCUCGUCGUCGUCAACCGCCCCUGGUCCGUGCGCGGCCUGCGCCUCCCUCCCUCGCUCUUCAGCUGCGCCUCCCUCUGCCGGCUCUACAUCGGCGCCUGGGCGUUCCCGGACACCACCGCGCUCCCGCGCGGCGUCGCCUUUCCCAACCUCCACCAGCUCGCCCUUGGCUGUGUCGUCAUGGAGGACAAAGACCUCGACUUCGUGCUCGCCGUCAGCCCCGUGCUGGAGAUCCUCUCGCUCUUCGGAAGCCUCACCCCGUUGCGCGCUCGGCUCACCAACCACAGCCUACGGUGUGCGCAGUUCUGCUUGUCCAGCCUGGAGGAGGUCGCUGUGCUGGAUUCCCCAAGCCUGGAGCGCUUCUUCCUCUGGAGAAAUUGGAAUGAGCGGCACGUCAAAAUUAGCAUCAAGAUUGGCCAUGCCCCCAAGCUGCGUGUGCUGGGAUACCUGGAGCCAGGAGUGCAUAUGCUGCAGAUCGGUAACACCAUCAUCAAGGCUGAAACAAAGGCGAGCACACACACCACUGUGUCAAGCGUCCAGAUGUUGGCUGUCCAACUGCAAUUUGGACUCCGCAGUGAAGUCAAGAUGCUUCCCAGCUUCCUCAAAUGCUUUCCUAGGGUUGAGACGCUGAUUGUCGAGUCUCUAGUACUUCGCGAUCCCACUAGCAGCAACCUUAGUCAGAAGAUCUGGCAGAAGACAAGUUCUAUUGAGUGUGUCCAAUCACACCUCAAGACUCUGGCUUUCCAUGAGGUACAAGGGGAUCAUAACGAGUUCGAUUUCCUCAUGUUUAUCGCGGAGAAUGCGCCGAAGCUGGAAAGGAUGUUCAUCGUGAUGAAAAAUGGCCUAACGAGACACCGAGAGGCAAGUGGUGGUUGCCGAGUGGGGGCUCUUUAUUCUACUAAUUGGGCUAGCAAGGACUGCAAAGUGCAAUUGAAGAUGAGUUGCUAUCCUAUAGGAGGUGGUUCUUGGAGCCUCCAAGCGGGAUCAGAUUUGUCGGUUGAUGAUCCUUUUGAGGCCUUUCCCGAAGACUAG